AUGGAUUUUCAGCGUGCCGUGCCACCUGCCGCCGGGCGCCGUGCCAUCCUGCGAGUGAGUGGACCAGUCCCUCGCCACGUGCUAAGAGUGGAGUUUGAUUAUGUGAAGAAGAAAAUUGAUUUGCUUAGAGGUAAUUUUAGAAGAGAACAUAAGAAAGUUAUCGAGAGCAAGAGAUCAGGAGCUGGCACAGACGCAGUCCAUGUACCUAAACUAUGGUAUUACAAACUGCUACUAUUUUUGAGUGAUCAAGAAGAAGUACGUCUGUCGAUCACAUCGUUAGAUUCUCCGACAGAAGAUUCACAACAAACUGGCCCAGGUCAUGCUGAUGACGAUGUACUCAACCUUCAGCUGAAUAUCUUCAGCCUACUUCAGCGUUUGGACAACGCUUUAGCUUCUGAAAAGAAUUCUGGGGCAGUUAUUAAGGACCUUCAGUGCAACAUCUUGACUCUCGAAUCCCGACUGGAACGAGAAAAACAACAGCGGCAAUCUGAUCUCAACGCUUCAUUUAACAAACUGGAUAUCAUCCGCUUUGAAGAGCUGUGUUCGGUGAUUGAGGACUUCCAGUUUGACCUGUUGGGAAUUACAGAGUCAUGGUUAUCUUCGGAGACCCCCUCUCAUGUUUUUGAUGUCCCUUGCUAUUCACUCCAUCGUUUUGAUAGACCCACUGGUUUGGGAGAUGGUGGUGGAGGUAUAGUUCUCUAUGUAAAACAAGAAAUUAAGUUUGUUCGUCUUUAUCUUCAAAAUGUUGACAACCGUAUUGAAUACAUCAGCGGUGUGGUUAAUCUUAAAGGUUUGAAGCUACUUAUCUGCAUUGCAUACAGGCCCCCAGACGUUCCUUAUUCGACCUUGAGCUCCUUAAUCCACGCUCUGUACAUCGACGAGUCACCAGGUGUUGAUUCAGUGAUUUUGCUGGGUGAUUUGAAUGUGAAUCUUCUGAACCAAAAGAGGGCAGAUGUAAAAUAUCUCGAAAGAAUUUUUCAAUCAAUGGGCCUUUCUCAGAUUAUUAAGGAGCCCACACGUGUCACAGAAAGUUCAUUUUCUCUUAUUGAUUUGAUAAUUGUAGACAAGACCCAUUACCUUGACGUAGGAAUGGUUGAUACCUCCAACAUUUUUAAUCACAAUGGUAGACGGAUCACCGACCACAGGUUGACUUACUGUGACGUGCCUUGCAAAAAAUCCAAAUCCAAAGAAAAGUUUAUUACAUAUAGGAAUUUUAGAGAUUUUGACGGUGAUACGUUUAUUGAUGUUGCUUCCAAUAUACACUGGGAUAACAUAAUGACUCAUCGAAACGUGGAUGAUAUCGCUAAUGUGUUAACAAAAAAAAUAGUCCAAGUGUUUGAUGAAUGUGCACCCUUGGCGAGAAAAAGAAUAACAAGAAAGAAAGCUCCUUGGAGAGAUUCAAACAUAGCAUACCUUACAAAAAAGAAGAAUAAUUGUAAACAUACUUAUUUGUCUCUGAAAACACAGGUUUCUAGGAAUGCAUACCGCAGGGCUCGUAACGCACUCAAUGUGGCCAUACGAUCAGUGAAAAGGAAGUAUUUUACUGAUACUUUGAAUACAAAAAACUCUAAAACUUUCUGGGCUACUUUAAGAGAUGGUGGUUUGAUGAGGUCAGUUGAAGAAAAGGACUAUUCUGUUGAACUAGAAGAUUUAAAUCAUUACUUCUCAACUAUGGGUUGUAACGGGACAGUGAGCACAGAAAAACUGAAAUUCUUUAACAGUAACAAAUGUGCAGGGAUAGAUUCUACUUUCACUUUUUCUCCUGUAUCCGAAAGUAAGGUAAAGGAGUUGAUGAACAGUAUCACAAGUACUGCAUUUGGUGUGGAUGGAAUAUCCAUAAAAAUGGUUACAGGCCUGAGUCCCUUUUGCAUUGGAGCAGUUUCUCACCUGGUCAAUGUAUCAUUGAAAACUGGCAACUUCCCUUCUAGUUGGAAGCAGAGCGUGGUGGUUCCUCUGCCAAAGAAUCUCAAUCCUACCUUAGUUUCAGACUUUCGACCUAUCUCAAUCCUUCCUGUCAUCUCCAAAAUACUGGAAUAA